GACCCCUAUUGUGUUGAUUACAGGCGCCAUUUUGGGUGAAGCUCGGGAACGGCUACUUAGGAGUGGGAAUUUAAGGCAUUUCAAUAUUGGAUUAACCUAACGUUAUUCCGUUGAUAUUAUCUUUCAAUAUAGCAUCUUCAGUCUCUUCAUACUGCGAAGAACAAAAUAUCCACGCGUAUAGGAUUUAAUGCACGAGUAGCCUAAGGUUAGCUAGCCAGCUAAGGCGGAAGAAAAACGGCUAGCUAGAGUGUUUGUGGGAGGUCAAGAGGCCCGUGGAAGAAGACUUGAAGUUAAAAUCUCUCCGAGCUUACAGGAAACAUGGCUGACGAUUUUGAUAUUGAAGCGAUGCUCGAGGCUCCUUACAAGAAGGAUGAGACCAAGCCCUCUAGUACCAAUGGCACCGAGGAACGCAGCAAGAAGAAAAAGAGGAGCCGGAGUCGCAGCCAAAGCCGCGACAAACGGAGGAGCAAGAGCCGCGAUCGCAAGAAGAGCCGGGAGGGGCGGCGCAGCCGGAGCCGCGAGCGCAAGCGCAGCCGCAGCCGCGAGCGCAAGCGCAGCCAGUCCCGCAGCCGCGAGCGCUCCGGCCGCUACCGCGCGCGCAGGAGCCCCUUCUCUGGGCCCAAAUUUAAUGGCGGUGCCAGGGGGAAGAUCGGUCCGCCUCUUGCCAUCAAAAUCAGCCGCAGACGCUCCCGAAGCAGAAGCCCCUUCAAGAAGGACAAGAGCCCAGUGAGGGAGCCCAUCGAUAACCUGACCCCGGAGGAGCGGGACGCCCGCACCGUCUUCUGCAUGCAGCUGGCCGCCCGAAUCCGGCCGCGGGACCUGGAGGAGUUCUUCUCUGCCGUGGGGAAGGUGCGUGAUGUGAGGAUGAUUUCGGACAGGAACUCCCGGAGGUCGAAGGGCAUCGCCUACAUCGAGUUUGUGGAGGUGAACUCUGUGCCCCUGGCCAUCGGGCUGACGGGGCAAAGGCUGCUGGGAGUUCCCAUCAUCGUGCAGGCCUCGCAGGCGGAGAAGAACCGUGCGGCGGCCAUGGCGAAUAACCUGCAGAAGGGCAGCGCGGGGCCCAUGAGGCUGUACGUGGGCUCCCUGCACUUCAACAUCACCGAGGACAUGCUGCGGGGCAUCUUCGAGCCUUUCGGCAGGAUCGAGAGCAUUCAGCUGAUGAUGGACAGUGAGACGGCACGGUCCAAAGGGUACGGCUUUAUCACGUUUGCGGACGCUGAGUGUGCUAAGAAGGCUCUGGAGCAGCUGAACGGGUUCGAGCUGGCCGGGCGGCCCAUGAAGGUGGGUCAUGUGACCGAGCGCACGGACGCGUCCACCGCCAGCUCCUUCCUGGACAGCGACGAGCUGGAGAGGACCGGCAUCGACCUGGGCACCACCGGCCGGCUGCAGCUCAUGGCCCGGCUGGCCGAAGGCACUGGGCUGCAGAUUCCUCCAGCGGCCCAGCAGGCCCUGCAGAUGAGUGGCUCCAUCCCGUUCGGCGCCAUGGCGGCUGUAACAGAUUUACAAGCAAGGCUGACCCAACCCUCAGAAGCUGCAGCCAUCAGCCCUGCCCUGAACCUGAACCUGAAUGUGAACACCCCCCUGAACCUGCCCACACAGCCGCUGGCCACCCACUGCUUUCAGCUGUCCAACAUGUUCAACCCGCAGUCGGAAGACGGUCCCGGCUGGGAUGUGGAAAUUCAAGAUGACGUCAUUGAAGAGUGCAACAAACACGGAGGCGUGGUGCACAUCUACGUGGACAAGAACUCGCCACAGGGUAACGUGUACGUGAAGUGUCCCACAAUUCCCGCUGCCAUGGCUGCUGUGAACGCUCUACACGGCCGGUGGUUUGCAGGUAAAAUGAUCACGGCCGCGUACGUUCCCCUCCCGACCUAUCACAACCUGUUCCCGGACUCCGUCACAGCCACUCAGCUGCUGAUGCCCGCUCGCCGAUGAUCGGGACUCCGCCCACCGAGCCGCUGUGUGUGUGGGGCCCCCGGGAGCCCGCCCACCGAGCCGCUGUGUGUGUGGGGCCCCCGGGGGCCCGGCCCGUGCCGACGGCUCUGCUCCGGGGCCGAACGGCGGCGGGUCCCAGCCCGGCACACAGCCCUGUACAUACGACCCGAGAGGCGUCCUGUCGGGACACACACCGCCCCGUCCCGACCAGACGCUGCCCCUCAUUCUGUGAAGUUUUUAAUUUAUAAUGUUUUUUUGCAUUGAUUUAAAUAAAUAAAAAAU